AUGGUAUUCCUGAAUCUUUACAAUGUACAAGUUGCCCGAAGCCCAUACGAGGUGGUCGGGGCCCAGGCCUUUCAGCCUAGUGGCACCCUGGUAUCCUCCCCGAUGAACGCGAAGCGGUUCCCCGUCGGCGCGCUCGGGGUGCGCGAGCUGGCCUCCCGCCAGUCCCACUCCCCCUUAUCCCCCCAUUUUUCCUCCACCGGGUUCUCCGCCUUUCUGUGCCGCCAGCGCAAGGGCCAGCUUCUGGUCUGUUCCUGGGAGGACCUUCGGCAAAUCGGGUCCUGCAGCCACGGGGCCCACACCUCCGUGGUCCAGUGCCUCAUCACGGCGACCUUCCUUAUCACCCGCAUCGAGUGCAACCUCGGUGAGGACGCCCUCCAGAGCGACCACAACAUCUACGUCUGGGACGCCAAGACCUUCGCGCGGCUCUACGAGCUUCAUGGCCACACUGCCCGGGUUACCAACGUGACGGUCCACCCCUUCCACCCCAACAUCCUCGUCACCGCGGCGCUGGAUUACAUGAUGUGCGUGUGGGAGCUCUCCAUGAACACGGCGACCUGCCUGUGGGACGAGGAAACGCGCAACCUCGGGACGAUCACCCACCUGGAAUGGCUGCCCUAUCGGAGGCCGGAGAAGCUCACGGGGCUGGGCACGAGCCUGCUGGUCGCGGCGACGGAUGUGCCGCUCAGCGUCUGGCGCUGGGAUGGCGCGAUCCUGACCCAGAUGGCGGCGACGCCGGUGAAUUGCAAUAGCGCGGUCACCGCCGUGCACGUGCGGGCCUCUUCCAACGGCACCCAGUGUGUCGUUCAUACCGGCAGCACCGACGGCUGUGUGCGGAUGUGGGUGAUAGACAGCAACCCUGCUGACGAGACGUGCACGAUAGAGAUGAAGUACCAAGUGAAGCUCCACCACGCCUCGAUCAGCCAUUUGCUGGGGAACGAUCGGAUUAACGUGAGUGGGAGUCUCUACAGCGGCGUCGCGCUUUACCACUGUCAGAAGGGUACGAAGGCAACGUUUGAGGAAAUUGGCGGCGUCAGCUCAAUGGCUCUUGACGAUACAAAUAAACUGAUCCUAGUAGGUGCCAUGAAUGGUGUGCUAUGGAUAAUCGGCUACACCGGGUUUGAAAAUGCUGAAGAGAAUGUAAAAUCUAGGGAGUUGACGACACUGUACCGCUUUUAUAUGAGUAAAACAGCAAUCACAGGAAUCGUUCUUGAAUUUAUGAAUGAUAACACAUGGAAGCGGCUAUUGGUGGUCUCUUUGAAUGGGUCUAUCACCGUUUUAGACUACAGCCUCAGACAUGUACGAACGAUAUCAUCUUCGAAGGCUAGCGCCAAGGAUUCUCCCCCCGAAUUCUCGAGAUCUAUCGCGGCGGUCCCUUUUUUGCUCAAAACGGGCGAUGAAGGCAGAACACUUCUUAUAGCUCAGAUCAAAAAAAACUCUAUUGCCAUUAUAGACAAUGACAAACCGAAUUAUACAGACUACGGCACCAUUACGCUGCCAAAAAAAAACUUAGUAACGUGCUUGCACUGGGAUACUGCGAUAGAAAAGAUGUUUAUCGGUGUGCAAAGAGAUACUGUGCGUGCUUUUUGCCUAGACUCUGCUAAUCCAAAGUCUGGUGUUUGGAUUGAGAUAAACCUUUGGAAGAUCAGUGCCUACUUGCCUAUAUCAUUUUCGUCGACUGCUAGAAAUAUUAUAGCGGUCUGCCUGACUGAUAAUCCAAUUGCGCUGGCGAAGGCGCAGGGGUGGCUUGGAAUUUUAGUAUCCACUAAUUCCGAAAGCGAUAAAGACGGUUUAGUGGUGUUAAAGUCUCUUCAGGACGCCGUACCCUUUUCAGUAAAAUUAUUGGAAUCCACCGCAAACCAGGCGAAUAUCCAAAGUUUAGAUUGGACGGCGACGGCGGUGGUGCAAAACACAAGGGGGAUUAUCCAGAUGUUUUCGGUGGAAGUGACGGACAGGCAAACUGACUACCAAGUAACCCCGAAGCUAAUUCUCACACCGCCAGCACAUAUGAUACACAAGAUGGGUAAAUUUGAAAACAUGAAAAAUCCAUUUUUAUGUAAGCCUUCGUACAUCGUUCACUAUGAAAGCCCCUCCAGAAAGGAUGUGCUUAUCGUAAAAUGGGUUGAAAACUCGAUCCUGUUUACAACCAGGGUAUACACCUCAAUGGAUUACAAAUCCAUCAUAUUGGACCCUAGUAAAUUGCCCAACAUCCCUAAAAACUCUUCCCCUGUUUUCGUUAGAGAAGUCCAUCAGGUCAAUUCUCAUGGAGUGAGUGUUGUUGUGCUGUACGACAACUCGUUGUACGCUCUUCUUUUAGGCACUAUGAACGAAGGCGAGAAGGCCGUCCCCAUGUUCACGUUAAGCUACACUGGGGAGGUGCUGCAGUACAAUGACGAAAAAUGGAAAACAAAAGAAGCGAGCAUCAUCACUGACGAGGAGGAAUUUAAUAAAAAAGCGUAUGUUUGUAUAUCUAGCUAUUCCGAAGGGUACUACAUAGCGUUUGGCUACCCCAACGGUUUAGUUCAGCUAUUAGACACGUCGGGUAUUUACGUGUUCGCGCGGCUGUGGAUGGACUCCAUGCCAGUGAGUGAUCUUCACGGGCUGUGGUGUUUUGAGAAGAAUGUAAUUGUUCAGGAUGAUAGUGUCAAAAUUUAUUCGGCCUCUUUACAUCACCGCUAUCUGUUUAACACGGUAGAUUAA